AUGGCUUCAAAGGAUCACGCACAGGCGGACGGUCCAGACCCUGCCACAAGCGCGGCUGAAUCGAUAUUCACUACCCCCGAACCCUCACAACCCGUGUUUAGCACAGCUGUGGAAGCGGACGACAGUGCGAUCAAGUCUGCCCCGUCUACAGACGCCCCGCAGGAGAGUACAGCGACUGGCCCCACGAAUACGAAUACCACAGACAAUGUUGAUCUCUCCGCACCCAUCCCUUCACAACAGAGUGAUACAGAGGCAGUUCCUUUAGCCACCGUAUCACCAGAAACAGAGGAGCAAAAGGUAGCGGCAACAGCACCCGAGCCAUCAUCCGAUGCAUCAGUCAAAGAACCGGAAGAAUCCGGGCCUUCCUUGACAAUCGUCCUGCUGUUAAUAACGGGCACGCGAUACCCCAUCAAAAUCGAUGCAAACUACUUGCGGAAAAGAGAUAUCACCGUGGAUAAUAAUGAUCCGUUUGCUAUGAGCGUUUACACUUUGAAGGAGUUGAUCUGGAGAUCAUGGCAGGAAGAUUGGGAAACCCGCCCAUCAUCCCCUAGCUCUAUCCGCCUAAUCUCGUUCGGAAAGCUACUUGACGAUAAAUCUCCCCUCUCAGACUCCAAGUUCAGCAGUGACGCACCCAAUGUAGUGCAUAUGACUGUUAAACCCCAGGAGGUUGUUGACGAGGAGGACGCCAAGGGUGGUAAGACACAGUACUCUCGCGAUCGAGACACCAGUGAACGGAGUCCAAGGUGCCGCUGUGUUAUCCAAUGA